UUAUUUUAUUUUAUUUUUAAUCAGGCGUUCAGCCAGGCUGCUGCUGCCUUCCUGAAUGGCCCAAUCAGCUUUGAUUUUUCUCUGGCGCCGGCCUAAUCAGACUCAGCCGAACUUUGCAUAUGAAAUCUAGACGGAACCAAAAUUAUUGGAAAAGAUGCUAAACUUGAACAGAACCGAGUGAAAGACGCAGAGACGUCUGUUUCAUUUAUUCGUAAAGAGAUUUCUAAUCACAAAUUCAAAUAAAGCCUUGUGUAUAUUUAAUCUUUUGUUCUGUUUUGGAGACAUGAACUGUUUGGUGAUGCUGAUCGUUUUUAUCCUCCAGAGUUGUUAGAAUCUCCUUCAGAUGCAAAAGAGCUGCAGGCCGUGACCAAAGCCAAGAUCCUGUACCGCUCCUGCAUGAAUGAAAGCAUACUGGAGGAGCUGGACGCCAGACCGAUGCUGAAAAUGCUCCGACAGCCUGAGUUUCGAUGGCCGGUGUUGGGGGACGGACUCGGCCGGGACUACCAGUGGUCUCAGAGUCAGUGGAGUCUCCUGGAGACGCUGGUGGAGAUGAGGAACCAGCACAGCAAGAGCGUCCUGAUCCGCCUCUACGUCUCCCCUGACGACAAAAACUCCUCCUACUACAUCAUCAAGCUGGAUCAGGCGUCCUUGUCUCUUUCUUCUAGAGAGGAUUACACCACAAACACUUCCUCUGCUCUCGGGAAUCGUGCUGCGUUGCUGAGUCUGAUGGUGGACGCAGCCGUCAUGCUGGGCGCCCCAAAGCAAGCGGCGCAGACCCAGAUGGAAAAGGCUCUCGACUUCGAGACCAAACUUGCUCAUAUCCUGAUUCCCUAUGAAAAUCGCACCAGUGAGAACAUGUACAACAAAUACACGCUGUCUCGGCUGCAGCGCUCCAUGCCACAGUUUGAUUGGCUUGGUUUUGUGAAAGCUGUGGUGGAGUCUAAAGAUAAUCCAGGCCUGUCCAUUUCCUCCUCUGAGCCCGUCAUCGUCAGAACCCCCAAGUACUUUAAGGACCUCAUGAAGCUCAUCAACAGCACAGACUCCAGGACGGUAGCCAACUACAUCCAGUGGAGGACGGUGUUUUCUAAGAUCACCACUCUGAGUCGCCGUUUCCUCUACAGAUACCUGGACUUCGCUCGGGUCACCACAGGAACUACGUCUCUGACUCCCCGCUGGGAUAAGUGCGUUAACUACGUGGAGAACUCCCUGGUUUACGCCACCGGCCGGCUUUUCGUCGACAAACACUUCCAGGAGGACAAGAAGCUCAUGAUGGAAGAGCUAAUUGAGGGGAUUCGGUGGGCUUUCAUCGACAUGCUGGAGAAGGAAAACGACUGGAUGGACCAACAAACGAAAAAUAAAGCCAUAGAAAAGGCUCACGCGGUCCUGCCUAAGGUUGGGUAUCCAGAGUUCAUUUUGAACGACACCUACCUCACAGAAGACUUGGAGCAGCUAGAGUUCGAUGAAAAGGAUUACUAUGGCAACGUGAUGCAGACGCUGAAGUUCAUCGCCCAAUCAGACGUCUCCUGGCUUCGCAGGAGCGUCCCACGCACAGAAUGGUUUACAAACCCAACCACCGUGAACGCCUUCUACAGCUCGUCCACAAAUCAGAUCAGAUUCCCUGCUGGAGAGCUUCAGAAGCCUUUCUUCUGGGGAAAGGAGUAUCCAAGGUCAUUAAGUUACGGUGCCAUCGGGGUGAUAGUGGGACACGAGCUAACUCACGGCUUCGAUAACAAUGGUCGCAAAUAUGACAAAAAUGGAAAUCUGGACCAGUGGUGGAGUGAGACAUCUGUGGCGGCCUUUACCGAGAAGACCCAGUGUAUGAUUGAUCAGUAUAAUGAUUACUACUGGGAAGAAGCAGGUCUAAAUGUGCGUGGUAAGAGGACCUUAGCAGAAAACAUAGCAGACAACGGAGGAAUCAGAGAGGCAUUCAGGGCCUACAGGCGGUGGGUGGACAGCAGCAGAGGCGGCGCGGAGGAGCCUCUGCUGCCAGGACUGGAGCUGAACAACAAUCAGCUGUUUUUCUUGAGCUACGCACAUGUUAGAUGCAACUCAUACAGACCAGAAGCAGCCAGAGAGCAGAUCCAGAGUGGAGCUCACAGUCCUCCCAAAUACAGAGUCAUCGGCGCAAUGAGCAACUACGAAGAAUUUCGGAAAGCAUUCAGCUGUCCCCAGUCGUCGGUAAUGAACCGAGGAGCGCAGUCCUGCCGCGUGUGGUGACCUUUGACCUCAUUCUCAAGCCCUGGACCAGGACAGAGCCAUCAGCUGGAAAACGGUGGUAAUACUAUCUGACAAGGUGGCCAAAAUGUUUUACACAAAGAGGGAACAACGAAAAAGUGAGUUGAGUGAAGAAACUGAACGUGUCUGAAAAAUGGAUGCUUUUUACGAGCCAAACUAAGAAAAACAAAAUCAAAUUAUGAGAAUAAAGUCAUAAGAAUACAAGAGUAAACUUGUACCAGAAUAAGGUAAAAUAUUAGUAAUAUGAGAAUAAGAUCAUAAUAUAAUGAGAUCAUAAUAUAAUGAGAACAAAGUUGAAAUAAUACGACAGUAAAGUUGUAGUAUUCCGUGAAAAAAAUGUAUUCUCGUAAUAUUCUGACUUUAUUCUCGUUAUUUUAUUUAUUUUUUCUUAGUGUAGCUGUAAUCGCACGUUGUAGCUUUUGUAAACGGAAACAUUUCAAAAGUGCAGCCAUUUUUAAUCAGGUUGGAAUAUCUUUUUUCCUGUUUUAUUGCAAAAAUCCUAAGUGAAUUUGUCUUUAAGCCUUUAAGCGACCACCAUUUGGGGAUUAUACUUAAAGUUUAUUAAUAUUGAUCAACUGCUCUAUAUAUUAAUGUAAAUAUACAAUGUCUUUAACUUUUAUAUUGAUUAAAAACACAUUCCAGUCACAACUGGAGGGAGAGGCUUAUGUUAUAAGAUCAUAAACACUGUAAACCAAAAUCAGUUCAUGUUUGAGCCUAAAUGUUUUAUUUUUCUUUACGUGAAAACUCAACACUGAACCAAUAAAAGACUUGCUGGAAUAUUUUAAAAACUGAACACUGUUACAAAAGCAGAAAUACAAGUUGUUCUGUUUUACUGUGCUGGGCCAAAAACGACCAGGUUUCAGGUCUUAAUAUAGUUUCUGCGCUUUGUGGUGUCGCCCUCAGUCUUAUGUCUGGCAUCCAGGUUUACGGUGCAGUUUUGAUGUAAGUUAAUUAAAUAAAACUACAGGCACGAAAAGUGAACACAGAAUUUCAGGGGGAAUUUUAGACGAGACAAGGAAAGGUGAUAGGCUGAGUUAUCAGCAACUCUAAAGUGGCUCAGUAACUCUCAAAAUGAUAAUAUUUUAAAUAUUUUACUACUUUUUGGUUUUAUUUGAUGAAACGUUUUUCAAUCUGGAAAUAAGUUUCGUAACGGAUGCAAUUUGAGGCAUAAUUUCUGGUUUCUAUCACAAAUCGAGGUGAUUAAAUGGAGAAAUAUGAUUUUUACCAACACAGUGGACCCAUUGCUACAGUUUUGGCUAAAAGUCUUUACACCUACCUGAUUACAUUUCAAACUUACAUUGAUUAAAAAUGAUUGAAAGUAAUAAACUCAGCAAGAUUUCAAACUCCAUUUUUUACUAGUUUGUGUUUAGCGAUUCCAUGGUUGCCAGGCUCCAGGUUGCUAGGUUCCAUGGUUGCUAGGCGACACGAUAUACACGGGGUAAAGGCGGGAAUAAAUCUGAAGCUAGGACACACCCACUGAAAACGGUUUUAACAAUAAUUCAAAUCUUUUUUCUUUUUUUAAAAAUGAAAAACCAACUGAGAAGACUUUAAAAUGAUCUUUAGAAAAGGUUAUGAAAUAAUAGACUGGGGUGUUUUAUUCAUCAAAAAUGAAGAUGAAUUAUGGCCAUUGCAGAUCGAAAAGAAAAGCUCAUUUUUACCUAAGACCUCAGAAAAUUUUGAGGUAAAUCUCUAAAUUUCUAAAAAUGAAACUUGCACUUUUUGGAGAUUAAUCGCAAAAAAUAUAUAAAUAAGUACAUCUUUUUGAUUUUCAAAGUUUUGAUUUUUCAAGCUCAGAAAUUUUCGGGGGUUUUUUUCUAGACCAUAUGUGGUGUUUUUUCUUGCAAAUGUCCGGGCUUUUCAGGUCAAUCUCCAAAUUUUUCUAGAAAAUUUCUGAGAUUAAUCUCAAAAUUUUAGCUUUAUGGCAGAAAUGAACUCCUUUUUACUAUUUACAACGGCCAUAAUAAACCCUUAUUUGAACAUCUUCAAUUGAAAACCCAAAAACACCUAAUUUUAUGUCCGUUAAAAACUAUUUUAAUUGGUACAAUUAUAUAUUUUAGGCAGAAACUAUUUAAUUUUUUUUACUCAUUUUGUUGUUCUGAAAUGAAACCAAAACAUUCAAAGUUUUACUGUACAGUGCAGUCAGUUUUAUUAUGGAAAGCUCUAAUAUAUUUAUCAUCUGCUGUUUUUUUAUGUUUCUGAAACUUACUGUGAAAAUGUUUCUACAAUGUAAGUUUAUUGUAACGUGCUCAUGUUCCUUUUUUAUUUCCUCCUUCUUCUUGUUUCUGGUUAAAAUAAAACCGUGGGACACCAUGA